AUAAACUUGACUAGCUCCCUGCCGUUGCUUCGGCCACUCUUUCACGCGCGCAGCGAUCAAGGUAUCAAUGGACUCAGCCAGGAUGGAAGCUCCUGCGACGACUGCAGUGCCAACUCUUGUCGAGAAAACAAACACAAAUCCAUAUAUGAAUCGCCAAACGGCUUGGGAUGAAGAAUACGACCCGUACAAAGCAGCCAGUGGCGAGAGGUCGUCGCUAAUUUUUGAUGACACCUAUCGAACGCCGCAGAAUGAGCGCGCGAAGGAAGCGAAUACCGCUGGAAUCUCAGUCCUUCAGUGGUUCAGCUUGCUUUCCAUCAUCGGCGGAUUCGUGCUGGGGUGUGUUAUAACUGUGGCGAACCAUUUCGUCUUCGCAUAUUUCAAUGGGAAGCGUUCCGACCAGUUCCCUCAAUUCUGGGUGACAGCCCUGAAGAACAUCUUACCGAAGCUGGCGCACGUCUCGUGGACAGCAUCGCUGUCUUGUAGCGUUGCCCAGGCGAUAUGGUUUAUCACAGCGCGCCAAUCAUUUACACUAACGCGACUCGAUGAUAUCUUCUCCAGCUAUCAUCCUUUCAGCAUCAUAUCCCUCAUCCUGCGUGGCAGAUCUUUUCUGCUCGUCCCCCUCAUCUCCAUUCAACUUUCCAUCAUCGCUCUCAGUGCACUCUCGGUCUUCGUUCCUGGAACGCUUACAAUCGACAAUGCCCCUACCACCUCCAUUCUAUCACAAGUUCCCUAUCUCAAUAUGUCGGCCAUCUACCCUCCAGACGCGGCUAUGCUCAGCCUCUUUUGGGACUACGCAGGCGCCUCGUAUACAUUCCGGAAGAUCGCCACACAAGCAGCGACAAGCGACUCGCCUGCAACAUGGUCUGCGCCACCGGGCUGCACGGGUGUUUGCUCCUACGACUUCACAUACGACGCACCAGCACUCAAGUGCACGGACCUCGAGGCGAGUCAAAUCUGGGACGGACGGAGUAAUAUCACUGCGGGAGAAGACAUCGAGGCGACGCUUCUGGCACUGUACGCCGUCUCAGAGAGUCAAGGCAUCUACAACGCUACUUCCAGCCUUCUGCCACUCCCAGCGGAUCUCAUUCACUCGGAGCUCGGGUGGCAGAGUUUACCUUCAUACAAUCUCACGAUCGCCACCGUUACGAAUUUCUCCGGGGAUGCAUUCCUAGAGUGGUCAGAAGGGACUACCAUUCAACAGCUCCCCAACGCCAUUGGCUCCUCCUGCGCAUUCUACGCUGCAACGUAUAACGCAUCGACGACGUUCGAGAACAACACCCAAACCUCGUCAACUCGCAUAUUGUCCUACAAUUAUCCCCUCUCCUCGGGAAACUGCUCGUCAGGUUUGGGCCUGAACGGCGACCUUUGCUCGUUGAAAUUGAGCGAUACAUCCCAAGAUAACGACCCUCACCCUGCUUUCCCCGCCUACGCCUCGACCGCAAUCUCUAGUCGAGCCAUGGCAGAAGCUUUCGUACAAGUUCUCUUCGGAAAUCUCUCGUACGACCACUACCAGGGAGUGCUUAUAGACGGAUCGUCCAACUCUGCCUCAACACCUCUAUGGACCCCUCUUUUCGCGUACAACGCCUCCUUAGCGACACAAUGGGCAUUCAAUCUCACCGCACCGUCGGGGAAUCUGAGCGAAGGCUUGACUUCCCUCUUCUCCAAUGUCACCCUCGGUUUCGUCGCGAACUCGCCGUCGAUCACCUAUCCUCCCGAGCUCGCAUACACUUCCGCGAACGUCACCGUUAUCCCGUCGUAUACGGAGUUUAAGUACACGCCGUGGAAGCUUUGGUUAAUCUAUGGAGUCGCGAUGGUCGUUGUGGCGGCAGGUGCGGCGUUCGGGCUCUGGUGUAUGGCGGUGAACGGGGGAGCUGCAGGAACCGGGUUCCUGAGCAUUCUGGAGGCGACGAGACAUCGGGAUUUGGACGUGGCGUUGGAACAAACAGAUGACCUGAAGGUGAAGUAUCAACCGGCUUUGGACUUGCACGAUACAUCUCGUAGAAAGAUAUUUACGAUCGCCGAGUCUUGAGUGAACGAUUUCUAUGUUGAUUAUGUACGAUCUUUCUUCUAUACAUUGAGCAGUAAAUUAAAAUAACGCGCGUUUGGUGGCCUU